GGGAGAGCCCUGCAGUACCUCACUCUGCCGCGGUGGCUGCUGGGAGAUCCCGCCCCACUACACACACACAGCGCUCCGGCUAAAGAUGUGAAGAUGGCGGAGCUACAAAUGCUACUGGAAGAGGAGAUUCCAGCCGGACGAAGCGCUCUACUAGACAGCUUUACUAACCUGGAAAGAGUCGCGGAGUACUGCGAGAGCAACUAUGUACAGUCUCCAGACAAGCAGAGGGCGCUGGAGGAGACCAAGAACUACACUACCCAGUCUCUGGCCAGCGUAGCCUACCUGAUCAACACGCUGGCCAACAAUGUCCUGCAGAUGCUCGACAUCCAGGCCUCGCAGCUCCGCCGCAUGGAGUCCUCUAUCAACCACAUCUCACAGACGGUGGACAUCCACAAAGAGAAGGUGGCCCGACGGGAGAUCGGCAUCCUCACCACCAACAAGAACACGUCCCGCACACACAAGAUCAUCGCCCCCGCCAAUCCUGAGAGGCCUGUGCGCUACAUCCGCAAGCCCAUCGACUACAGCAUGCUGGACGACAUGGGCCACGGAGUCAAGUGGUUGCAAAGGUUUAAGGCCAGCGCUCAGAACAUGAAGGCCGGAGGAGGAGGUGGACUCCCUCGCACAAACCCCCCCACACAGAAGCCCCCCAGCCCGCCACUGUCGGGGAAAGGGACCCUUGGGCGCCACUCCCCCUAUAGGACGCUUGAGCCGGUGCGUCCACCCGUUGUCCCUAACGACUACGUCUCGAGCCCGACGCGCAACAUGGCGCAACCCCAGCAGAGCCCUGCACGCACUGCAUCCGUUAAUCAGAGGAACCGCACGUACAGCAGUGGGAGCAGCGGAGGCAGCCACCCCAGCAGCAGUCGCAGCAGCAGCCGAGAGAACAGCGGCAGUGGCAGCGUGGGCGUGCCCAUCGCCGUGCCGACCCCAGCCCCGCCCACCGCCUUCCCAGCCCCCGUGCCAUCUAACCCCGGUAAACCUCCCCCCAACACUGCCACCACCCCAGGACCCCCUAACUCCGUCCUAGACGGCCCCCCACAGGCCCCAAACACCCCCGUAGAGAUCCCGCCUGUACCCCCGCCCCCUCCCCAGCUCCCCACCUCCGCGGCCCCCACUGGCACGGGCCCUGCUGCUUACGGCAACCCUGCACCAGGUGCUCCUCAGUUCUACAGCAUGAACCGCCCGGCGCAGCCGCCCCAGAACUCGCAGGUGGGAGGCUCGCUGCCGUACCGCCGGCCCUCGUCCGUCACCGGUCAGCCCAACGUGGUGCUCAACCAGGCACAGCUCAACGGGGGGCCGCACUUCGCUCAGAACCAAGCAGGCCCGCUCGCGCCCCCUCCCCCCUCCAUGCAGAUCACCCCUCAGCUGCCUCUGAUGGGCUUUGUGGCCCGAGUUCAGGAGACUAUCUCAGACGUGCCGCCUCCACCUCCACCCGCCGAGGAUCCAGUGUUUGAGGAGCCCACACCUCCUCCUCCGCCGCCGGAGGACUACGAGGACGAUGAGGAUGAGGAAGAGUCGGCGGUGGUGGAGUACAGCGACCCCUACGCCGAGGAGGACCCGCCCUGGGCUCCACGCUCCUACCUGGAGAAAGUGGUGGCCAUCUACGACUACGCUCGGGACAAGGAAGACGAGCUUUCGUUCAUGGAGGGCGCCAUCAUCUACGUGAUCAAGAAGAACGACGACGGCUGGUACGAGGGCGUGAUGAACGGGACCACGGGCCUCUUCCCCGGCAACUACGUCGAGUCCAUCAUGCACUACGCCGACUGAACAAUCCCCCCUUCUGAGCGGACGAGGAAGAGGAGCGGGAGGAGCAUUUUGAUGGGGAAGGGACGGGGAGGGAGGGGAGCCAAGGGUUAAAGGUCAAAGACUUUGAUCAGACAGAGCAUGAUCACUACCGGGCGAAGAGAGAAAAGAGACGGGGGGGAAGAAGACGCCGUUUUUAAAGAAGUUGCAACAUGACAAACUGAUGCCCAGUCAUUCUCUCGACAUUGUAAAACAACCACUACUCUAGAUAUAUCCUUCCCUCUAAUAUUUCUUUCUUUCUUUAUUUGACUGAGGACGACUGGACGGUGAUGGAUUUAUCGUAUUUUGAGAGUUUUGUGUUACAUUACGACUACACUACAUUGAUUUUGCUUCAUUUUUUUGUUCUGUUUUACCAUUUUGCCCUUAUUUUAAAGAAUAUUUAUUUGGAUUUUGUAGUGGGAUAAAUGGUGAGAGGGAUUUAGUCGGGGUUUCCAUGUCGCAGCCUUCGGAGAAAGGGCUGGAGGAGAAUGCCUUCAUGUGUAGAUUUAACACUCCAGAGACAUUUUAGAGAAAAAUACUCCUCUCUAUAUAUAUAAAGUAUAAUGCAACAACUAUAUCCUCGGUGUGGGGGGAAAUGUAGUUUCCGUACUUGACAAAAUAUUUGUUUGGGUACCUCAGCAGAGAGUGUGCCAAAGCUGACAUUCACUAGGAUAAAGCACAUCAAAUGUCUUAAGGUGACACACAACACUACAUAAAAGUGGGUCAGAAAAGACGUCAGAAGAGAAGAGUGCUUUAAACCCAGAUUUUUGCUUGUUUUCAAAGUUAAUUUGAUAAUCUGAAAUAUUUUGCGACUACAUGCUUCACUUUGCUGGCCAGUGUGCAUUUUCUAGUGAGAAGGAAUCGUCAUCCAGCCCUCAAAUAAGAGAGGAAAAGCCUCGAUUGCACAAUGACCUGGAUUUUGAAGUCUCACUCUGCAGCUCCUGUCAUGAAUAAUAGAAGUAUAUUAGCUCGACUGGCGAGGCUAAUCAUUUGCAGUGUUCAUAUGCAUUUGAAGACUUUUAUUUUUGGCGUUUUACCAAGGGGUCCAGAGUCGGGUUUUGCUUGCAGAGCGGCAGACUGCAUGUUUCGACGAGGAGAAAAAAACAUUUCUGCUCUACUGAUGAUUAAUGUCUUAAUAUUUUUAGAUAUGGUGUGGUUUGGUUUUUUGAUAUUCACCCACGACGACGAUGCAUUUAGGUCAUUUCUAAGAUGCUUGUGCCAUAUUGAAGUGUGUGUUGCUGUUCAGAGGUUAUCACUUCAUUUGCAAUAAAUUGGCCAGAGUGGGGGUGGAUGGUCGUUGAACUACAAAUCUAUUUUCAGUUUUCCCAACUUGUUUUAAAUCAAAAGCACAUACAUUUGUAGUAAAAAGGUGUAGAAGAAGAAAUAAUAUAAAUGUGAGAUGUAUUAUGUCCUAAAAAACAGGACUUAUUGAAUAUGAAAAGAUGCCAGCUGUUGUGUUGAAAUGAACCGUCGCAAGCCCCCGAUACUUCUUAACGCCGUCAGUUUAGGCGCCGUUCGUCCUCCGUAAAGUUUCCAAUACGCUUGGGUGUUUGCGAGGGCUCAGUGCUUGUACUUAUGUCAGAAUCUUUAUUUUCUAUUAAAACAAAAAAAGAAAGAAAUAAUAACAAGUGGGUCUGUAUGUGAGUCUUGCAUGCCAUUGUUCUUAUCUGUACUGGUGUCCCAAAAACCUACGUGGCGAGAUCACCCAUUCUUAAAAAGACAAGCAGCCCUGCAGCUCUGACCAGGCACCACCAGCCUCAUCCAAAGAGACUGUACGACUUAAUUCAAGCCCAAGUCGGAGGAGUCGCUCUCUGACCUGUGUGGGAGGCGGGAGGUCGUCAGUGGUGAAAAAUCAUGUGUUUUAAGCUGCUAGUGAAUCCUGCGGACAAAGAAACUCAACCCGAGGUGGCGAUAAAUGUAAAUGACUGUUGUUACAUAACACUCAUAGGAUGACACUAAAAAAACCCCAAUAAAACAAGGCCCUUGGUCUGCAGGAUUCACAGCUCCCUGGAGUCACAGACAUCCCUCGGGAUGUCCAGUUUAACAGUCCAUAAUGCCAUUGUGUUGCACAGUUAAAGUUGAAUUGCAGAAGUAUCAUAUUUGUAAAAUCAUGAGAACAAAGACAAUAAAAUUAUUAAGAUUUA